AGUGAAGCUGAGCCUGGCCUCACACGCUCCUAGAGGACCACCUCCUGAGACAGAGUUCUUUUUCCCCCUUCUUCUUUCUUCAAGCUCCCCUCCUGCCCUCCCUCCCUGCCCAGUACAAUGCAUUCUUGAGUGGCAGCGUCUGGACUCCAGGCAGCCCCAGAGAAGCGAAGCAAGCCAAAGAGAGAGGACUGGAGCCAAGACACUCUGGUGGGGGAGCUCGGAUGCCUGGCUUUCUUUGAGGACAUCUUUGGAGCGAGGGUGGCUUUGGGGUGGGGGGUUUUGCUGCAGGGAAUCCAGCCAGGCCCCAAGAUGGACACUUCUGGGCACUUCCAUGACUCUGGGGUGGGAGACCUGGAUGAAGACCCCAAGUGCCCCUGUCCAUCCUCCGGGGAUGAGCAGCAGCAGCAGCAGCCACCGCCGCCACCACCACCGCCAGCGCCACCAGCAGCCCCCCAGCAGCCCCCGGGACCCUCGUUGCAGCCUCAGCCAUCGCAGCUCCAGCCGCAGCAGCAGCAGUCCCCGCAUCCCCUGUCUCAGCUCGCCCAACUCCAGAGCCAGCCCGUCCAUCCCGGCCUGCUGCACUCCUCUCCCACUGCUUUCAGGGCUCCCCCUUCGUCCAACUCCACCGCCAUCCUCCACCCUUCCUCCAGGCAAGGCAGCCAGCUCAAUCUCAAUGACCACUUGCUUGGCCAUUCUCCAAGUUCCACAGCCACAAGUGGGCCCGGUGGAGGUGGCCGGCACCGGCAGGCCAGCCCCCUGGUGCACCGGCGGGACAGCAACCCCUUCACGGAGAUUGCCAUGAGCUCUUGCAAGUACAGCGGUGGGGUCAUGAAGCCCCUCAGCCGCCUCAGCGCCUCCCGGAGGAACCUCAUCGAGGCUGAGCCUGAGGGCCAGCCCCUCCAGCUCUUCAGCCCCAGCAACCCCCCGGAGAUCAUCAUCUCCUCCCGGGAGGACAACCAUGCCCACCAGACCCUGCUCCAUCACCCCAAUGCCACCCACAACCACCAGCACGCCGGCACCACCGCCAGCAGCACCACCUUUCCCAAAGCCAACAAGCGGAAAAACCAAAACAUUGGCUAUAAGCUGGGACACAGGAGGGCCCUGUUUGAAAAGAGGAAGCGACUGAGUGACUAUGCUCUGAUUUUUGGGAUGUUUGGAAUUGUUGUUAUGGUGAUAGAGACCGAGCUCUCUUGGGGUUUGUACUCAAAGGAUUCCAUGUUUUCGUUGGCCCUGAAAUGCCUUAUCAGUCUGUCCACCAUCAUCCUUUUGGGUUUGAUCAUCGCCUAUCACACCCGCGAAGUCCAGCUCUUCGUGAUUGACAACGGUGCAGACGACUGGCGGAUAGCCAUGACCUACGAGCGCAUCCUCUACAUCAGCCUGGAGAUGCUGGUGUGCGCCAUCCACCCCAUUCCCGGAGAGUACAAGUUCUUCUGGACCGCGCGCCUAGCCUUCUCCUACACUCCCUCGCGGGCGGAGGCCGACGUGGACAUCAUCCUGUCCAUCCCCAUGUUCCUGCGCCUGUACCUGAUCGCGCGCGUCAUGCUGCUGCACAGCAAGCUCUUCACCGACGCCUCGUCCCGCAGCAUCGGGGCCCUCAACAAGAUCAACUUCAACACGCGCUUCGUCAUGAAAACCCUCAUGACCAUCUGCCCCGGCACCGUGCUGCUCGUGUUCAGCAUCUCACUGUGGAUCAUCGCCGCCUGGACCGUCCGCGUCUGCGAAAGGUACCAUGACCAGCAGGACGUAACUAGUAACUUUCUGGGUGCCAUGUGGCUCAUCUCUAUCACAUUCCUUUCCAUUGGUUAUGGGGAUAUGGUGCCCCACACAUACUGUGGGAAAGGUGUCUGUCUCCUCACGGGCAUCAUGGGUGCAGGCUGCACUGCCCUCGUGGUGGCCGUGGUGGCCCGAAAGCUGGAACUCACCAAAGCGGAGAAGCACGUUCACAACUUCAUGAUGGACACUCAGCUCACCAAACGGAUCAAGAAUGCUGCAGCCAACGUCCUUCGGGAAACGUGGCUAAUCUAUAAACACACGAAGCUGCUAAAGAAGAUUGACCACGCCAAAGUCAGGAAACACCAGAGGAAGUUCCUCCAAGCUAUUCACCAACUGAGGAGCGUCAAGAUGGAGCAGAGGAAGCUGAGCGACCAAGCCAACACCCUCGUGGACCUUUCCAAGAUGCAAAACGUCAUGUAUGACUUAAUCACAGAACUAAAUGAUCGGAGCGAAGAUCUGGAGAAACAGAUUGGCAGCCUGGAGUCGAAGCUGGAGCAUCUCACCGCCAGCUUCAAUUCCCUGCCCCUGCUCAUCGCGGACACUCUGCGCCAGCAGCAGCAGCAGCUCCUGUCUGCCCUCAUGGAGGCCCGGGGCGUCAGCGUGGCGGUGGGCACCACCCACACCCCACUCUCCGACAGCCCGAUCGGGGUGCCUCUACUUGGGAGCAGGAAGAGGAGAUGACAGGAAGCGACGCCUCUGGCAGGGCCCUUGCUGCAGAGUUGGUGGAGAACAGAAAUCCACGUUCAAUCUCAGGUCUUCACGUUGGGGGGGUGGGGGGUCAGAUGCACUGAAGUAGCGACAGUGAAGCCAACCCAGAGGAGGGUCCCUCGGAGGGAGGGUGUAGAAUCCGGCUUGGGGGGAUGGGUCCUCACCACAGGGUCCUGCAGCCCACGUCUCUUCUUUCCUUUCGUCUAAGGAGGCCCCUGGAUGACAAAAGUAAAAGAGAGCUGCCCACAUCUUGCCAAAACAGACAUUCUUUCCUCCCAUCCUUACACAGUUGUAAAACUCAAUUUAGACCGAAAGAAAAAUAGACAAAUAAGAAGCCAGACUUUCCAUCCAAUAUUAAUACCCAUAUAAACCCUUGUGUUUGCAAGCGUGUGCACACACACACACACACACAUCCCAUAUUCAACCCAGGUCUUUUCUUGUUUGCAAUUGACCCUAAUAAAGAGGGACCUGGUACCUUACCCUGCUCGCAGUAGGCACCCUCUAAAUGUUCAUUAAGUUGGUCUGAAUCUGGAUGUGGGUGCCCUCAGUUCAGGUAGCUUGCCAGUGGUGGCCACAUUCGCAGAGUCACUAAAGAUGACCCUUCAAACAUGUCCCUUCAAACGCAAAACAGGGUACCUCGUCCUGGAUACGCACCAUGCUUGCUCUGAGAUGAAUGACAAGACCAAAUUGUUGGCAUUCUGGAGAGAUAAGCAGCUUUCUAAAAAUAACAGCUUCUGCAGAGUUUUCAUCUUAUGUCCAAACAAGCUGGGUUCCAGUGGAGCGUGUGAUCGGGUGGAUGUACGCGAGGGAAGGGGAACAGCAUCUGUGCACGUGCGUGCACACCUGUACGAACAGGUGCGACCCCAUGACACCUGCGCGAAUAGUGUUGUCUGAGGGUUUGCUCAUUUGUGAUAUUUACCCAGCGACAGGUUUCCAGCCCCAGAUGUUAGGGGUGCAAAGAGGUCAAGUGCUUCACCUGAGAGCUGGGAGGAGACAUGAUGGUGAGUGACCCAGGUGGUCCCUUCUACCUGCCCUAAAACCACUUCAAAGUGAAGGGUUAUGAGGAUAAAGGGAGCCCUUAAGGAGCCUUGUGGGUAAGGUAAGGUGACACGGAUGCGUCAGUAGCCUGUUCCUACUGUGCCACGUUAAUCUUGGUGCACAAACGACUCUAAUUACAUCUCAAAUUCCAAGAGACUUCAGAAACCUCCAGAUCUGGUGUAGCGAGUGACAGGCACGGAGAGGACAGGGGAUGGGGAUGCAAAAUGUUCUCCUCGCUCCAUCAUCUAACCAUGCGGAACGUUUGUGAUGCCAAACCCCCCCGCUAUCCAUCACUUUUCUCAUUCUGAGGUCUCUGACUUCUGCUCGUGUGGAGUUAAAUGAUGCUGUAGGGAGCAUUUCAUCUGUUUACGGUAAAACGGAAGGCGGUCGUUUGCGGAUGGUUGUCCUGUCGGGUUUCACUUUGCACAGGAUGUCGCCGCCUUUCCAAAGGUGGCAUCUAGCUGUGGAGACGUCUCUUCUGCAGCCCUGGACCUGGUCUUCUAAGAACAAGGGGACCAGACAGCAGAAGGUAGACGACUCUAGAAAGGUCACUCUUUCCAGAUGUGGUUUCUUGCUAAACUUCUUUUAUCUAUUUUUAUAGCUGUUGAUAUUCCCUUAAUGGCCUCAUUUUUAUCUUGAUAACUCCUUUGAGGACUUUCCUUGGUUGUUUUGCAUACCACAGAUGCCACACUUGCUGCUGGCUUUUUUAUUUGUUUGUUUCUUCUUUUGACUAUUGAUUAUCUGAAAGAUCCCUCUCCUUUUUUAUGUCCAAGAAGGGUGCUCGUGUUUUCAGUGACAGCUGAACAUAUAAGCAGACGAAAUAACCGUGCAGUUUCUCUGUGGCCUUAGUUCAUUUCACAGUGUGAAGAGCACUGACAGGUCAGCCUGAGCUUGCCAGUCCUGAUCCUUUAAACGACAGCCAUCAAGUCUUAAUUCCUAGUCACCCUUCCCAUUCUGCUUUAACCCUGCGAUGUGUGUGUGUGUGUGGUUGUGUGUGUGUGCACGUGCACGCAUAUAAGGGUUUCAUCUGAAUUUCAAACAAAUGCCAUGAGAGAUUCCACUGCCACUCCUCCUGCCCAAAAGUGUGCACAGACUGUCACUGACCCAUUGUCGUCUGUGGGUGAUUCUGCUUUAAGCCACUGCUCAUGCUGUAUCCUUAGGUAAAUCCUGAUGCCUGGCACUAGCAAAGGGAGUGACUGGACUUACAUCCAGUAGCAGUAGCCACGGGCAUCCUGGACACACAUGGGCAUUUGUAGCAUGACUGGACCUAUUGGUAGUGCAAUAGCUACGUAUGGUUUUUAUCUUUGGCAAAAGAAUACUUACUCUUCCAAAAAAAAAAAAAAAAGCAAGUGAAUCUGCAUGUUGAUCCUACAAUGGUAAAUGGGAGGCUGCAUCUCUGUACUAGUAUUUCAGCUUUCUGUGGGGAGGUUAUGCAUCCUCCUGCAAGUACAAUCAACCCUUGAUGACUUAGGUAUCGAUUAUCCAGGGUGUAGCUCACCCAGGUUUCCUUCCCAUAGCCUGUCUUUUGGCUAAUUCCACUGCACCUCAGCAUUGCCGUCAGAUGGGCAAAGGGGGCAGGUGGAUUCUCACGCCAUGCCUUCUUGUACCUUAUUUUCAAGUUUGGUGGUGGAGAAGGUUUAAUCAUCUUCUCAAGAAUUGGCUAUAUGGACAAACUAUUAAUUAUGGUAACCUCACUCCAAUACUGAACUGAUGGAGUUCUGCCCACUUCUGGAAGGCUGACCCAGCGGCAAAGCUCCUACUGUCACCCUUCUGAUAACUCAAUAACAGGUAAAAGUACUCUAAUAUUCCCUAAACUAUCUAGACACUUGAAUUAAAAAUACAGAGCCACCCCCUCAUCGCUUAAGCCAUAUUAUAGCGCCAUGUACUGUAAAGUCAGGGAUGUACUGUUACACAUUAAGACCACUAAUCUCAGUGGAAUUUCAGGACAUAGCAUCAGUUGGCAAAUUAUAUCAGACUAGGGGCCCCCUCCUCCUUAGAUUGAAGUCCAAAUAAAAAGCUGCAUCUUUGGAUCAAAGGCCACAUAUGCGUGAUUGUCAUCAAUAAAUUGCCAUAAAGUGUCUAUGAACUGCUCUCACCAUUCUCGUAACGUAACUUCAUGACACCACAUCUCUGGAAACGCUUAAUACAAUCCAAAACAACAGGCAGGGUGAGGCCCGGAGUCACCACUGACUUCUGACCUCAGCAGGUCCCAGCGGUGUAACAGCGGUCUCGUCGGGGACGAGACGUGGAAGAUGUCCGUGCAGGCUCUGAAGUGCUGAGUGCGUGCGAGCUGUCGUUAUUCAUUAAAGGUCAAGAAGGAAUGGCAUUGAAAAAAAAUAAUGAUUUUAAUGUAUUUGAAGAUUUCCCCCUUAGAUUUUUAAUAAUUUCCUGGUGAAAAAAUAAUGACGGAGAAGAAGAAAAGUAGAGACAAAGAAUCAGAAUAAAUAAGACUCUAACACUGAAUCCACAUGUUUGGCCAAUGAAUAUAACCACCUCAUACCUCAAUUUCUCUAUACUUCAAAUGAAAGUAAGAGUUAAUGUUCGUAAGUACAGAGUAUUCAGUAGAUUUAAAAAUGGAGUCACUCUUGUUGUCAGCAGCAGCCCAGACCAGCUCUGUCUAGUCCACACUUUAAUGUUGCCUCUGAAUGUAGUCAAAUGUUACCAAAAAGUAAUUAUUACCUAUCAACCAGUUAGUGACAUUAGCAGGGAGAAACAUGGGCUUAGCACAUAUUCCCAGGACCUCUCUCCUCCUUCAGGGUGUACCUCAACAUUACAGUGCACCCCAGAUUAAGAAUCAGUGUUUCAUUCAGAACAAAUGGUGUUACUAACCAUCACAGUACCACAACUGAGACACUAUGAAGUCAUUGCACUACCAGUAGGUUACUGCUCUUUUAAAGAUUCUGCUUUUAAAUCCUAAAAUACGUCCCCGGUCCUACACGGUCCUUCUACUUCCCUGGGUAUUGCUUAGAAGCAGAUGAAGGCUCUGUCAGUGGUCAUUUCGCUGUCCCUAUUGACUCUGUGGCAUUCGGUUUCAGUACCUUAGACAGCUAUCUGGUGGUUUCCUGUUAGGCGGGAACAGCCCCUUCCCCUCCCUACCCUGCAGUCAGUUGGCUUAAUGACACCCUGGACAGUAUCCCUUCCUUGUCUGCUGCGGCCAAAGUAAACAUUGUGGGAAUGGGAUCAUUGAUACCACUACGAAAGGAGUGCUACAGGGAUAGCAAUAUUAACUGCCUGCUUCUGGUAGUAGAAUAGAAAUGAGUGCUCUUCGUUCCGAAAGCUUGUGCCAGGCUGCAUGACUAGAAAUUAACACUAAACUCCUGUCAGACACGUAAUAUGUAGAUUUUUACUAAAAUAGACCGAAGCUUAUUAAGAAGUACUCAGUGCAAUGGUAUAUAAAUAUAUACAGAUAGAGAAAAAAAUAACUGUGAUCUCUUUUUCUUACACCAUUACUGGAAACGCCCAAACAUGAACUGGAGUUCCCUCUGAACAAAACCAUUAUCAAAUCUUCAACAUAUGACCUCCAAACCUAGGUGCCAAGUGCCCUGCCACAGUUGUUUACACACCUGAGAAAUGAGUUCUGGAAGCUGUACUCUUGGGCCUGGACUGUGUGUUGAAACAAACAAAAGAGACGUUGUGACCAACCAAGCUGAUGGAGGAAAAGCACAAAAUCCAACACCAACCUGUAGUUUGGAUCCCAAAGAGAUGCUGAAUUUAUAGCCAAAAAAAAAAAAAACAUAUAUAUAUAUAUAUAUAUAUAUUUAGAGAGAGAGACAAAUCAAGUAUCAGUCUGAUCGGAACAGCCAACAUCCAAGUCCACAGAAGAAGGACAGUGAAUGAACAACAUUCUCUAACUGUGUCAUGUUGUCUCAGUUUUUGAAUCUCAACCAGGACUGAUCCACCUUCAUCAGACACACUUUUUAAUGGCGCAACAACUCAGUUUUGGCCCCAGACUCUCCAUUCCACACUGACCAGAAGAGAACAACAAAAGAGAGCAACAGGAUGUUAACGGAGGAAACAUUUUCAUGGUGAACUCAGAAACUGAUGUGUUUAUAUUCAGAAUCAGAUGAGCUUCAAUAUGAAUUUGCAUCUUGCCUCUGUACUGCUUGCUAUUUUUUAACGAUAGGAGAAAGCAUAACAGUUUAUUUUAAAUAUGAAAUAUAUUGCUAUAUUAUAAAAUAUAUUGUAACUUUCAAUUAACAUUUUGUAUCCAACUAGUCUUUAGCAGGUCCAGUGUCAACCUGCUCUCCCAACGACUGUUUCUGAGUACAAAUCAUUGUUAGUGAUUGCCUGACACCCAGACCAAGGGUCCCUAGCCGUUAGAACUGCCAUAUUCUAAUUCUCUGAGACCUGACUAUUAGCGACAAAACAACAUUAUUCCCAGCUUAGAAGAAUAAUCCUACCCUAAAUUCUAUCAAGCCAUUUCCAAAGAGAUUUUAAAAGCCAUCACUCCUCUAGCAGCUGUGCAAAGCCAGUUUAAUAAAAGUGCAGGCUCUUUCUAUAUAAAUGCCAAGACCCUAUUACAUAAAUGAUGUCAGUCUCAAACUCAGCCAACCAGUUUUUCCUUUGGCAAUGUCAGAACUGGGCAUAAGGAAGAGUCCUGUUCUCCUGUGACACAACAGACUCGUCCUUCUAGGCAUUGGAAGUUUCUCUGUGUCCGAGCAUAGCCGGGACUGGAAUUCCAUUUACAUGGGGCCCAGUGAGAGCCCAGUUUGUAGAUGCGCUUUUCCAAGUCGGCGCUGCCCUACAGGGAGCAAGGUUUCCACAUGCUUAUCCACAACUCGGAGCACAGCUCCUAAGGGAAUGAGGGGAGGAGGCAGGACACGCAGGACCCAGCAAAGAGCUGGGCUUCCUUUUCUGCGAGUUUACUCUAGCUGGGAGGAAAGAGCGAGUUUCAAUCAAGAUGUUUUCCUUUAUUGGCAAACUUGUGGAAAAUUCUCUCCUUGGGCAACGAUGAUAUUCAUGCCUCCUCUGAGACAUGUAGAAUUUUUCACUUCCCUCCUUUGACUGACCAAGGGACUAUUUCUAGAUGAAAACAGGAUGUGUUUGGUUACAGAACAAAGGUUUUCCAAGGAUCAGUGGGUCUCCUCCCAAAACGGACCCUCACUUGUUAUCACUUUGGUGUAAUAUUGUACAGGUGCAAACCAAGUAGCAUCAGGGUAGAGUCAACUGAGUGUGCGCAUCUCUUCCCUCUGCAGUCUCUGAAAGGUCACACAGAUACACCGCUAGUGCAAAACAGCAGGUUUUCUCCUGGGGAAACAGCUGGAAUCCUCACAAACUUCCAUUUAUCUGAGCUUACAUAUAGAUGAGGCUGGGGCUUCAAUGAUAUUAUUCACGCCAUUCAAAAGAGAAAUUUCUCAAUGCCCAGCUUCAGUCUUGCAUAGCUGGGACUUAACUUGAACACACAUUUUAUUUUUAUUGAGCUAAAUUCUCUCGGUCUCCGUUCUGCCCCUUAGUUACAUGUUAGCCUGAGCUCCAUUAAAGCCAUCAGAACUCCAGGGCAUCUGUUUUUAGCAAGUUACUCACUCACUGGGUAAUGGAAAUUAGUUUAUUCUCAAUUUUAUAACUGACUGAUGAAUGUACUGGUGGUAAUUGAUUUGUCUCUCAAUACUUUUCCACUACUAAAUAGAACUGUGUCUUUUGUCUUUUCCUUCUAGCCUUUCCCAGGCCAAGGCUUUUACACUUGUAGAGAGUGUUCUGAUUUUUCUACUCAAAGUUGUUUUUCAAUCUAGAAUCAAGGAACUCAAUACAAAUUCCUGACUUGGGGAAAGCAGAUCUCUUGACAGUAAUUCAGGUGUAAGCUAUAUGCUAACCCUUGCCGGUCAAAGUGUGAUACGUGGACCGGCGACAUAGGCAUCACCUGGGAACUUGUUAGAACUCAGGCCCCAUGCCAGCCCUGCUUAAUCAAAUUGGGUGUCUUAACAAGAUCCCCAAGUGAUCUGCAUAUAUAUAUACACAAAUGCUGAGAAGUGCUGGCCUCACCACAUGCCAAUGGUAACCAACAUCAUUAAUGAUCAAAAAUUAAACCAUUUCUUCCCUGACCCUCACUUACAGAAGUAUUUGAUGAAGUAGAGGUCCCGUGCAAUCAUAAGAAUUAAAAACAAAUGCAUCUUCAAAUUCCUCUUGAGGUCAUAGAGCUUGGGUGGUGUACAAAAGAAGCAGUCUUUUUCUAGUCUCAUUUUUAAAAGCACUCACUUCAUAGCCUCGAGCCACCUCAAAGCACCUUUUUAAGUUUUUCAUUUUAGUGUAUGCUAGCAGGGCCAUCAGAAUAGCAGGUGGCUUCUCAGGGCAGGUCCCCCAGAAGGCCACCCGGGUCACAGCCCAGGGUAGUGCAGAAAUGGCUGCAUCUCUGUUCCUUCCUUGAGAAACUCGGCAGCCCAGCAGUGGGAAUUCUCCUCCCCAGAGGAAACUAGCAAAAGAAGUUAGUUUAACCAUCUAGCAACAUUCCUAAUCUCUUUUUAAACCAAGUCUCUUGUUCAUUACACCAACCAGACCCUCCAAGGUAAACAAGGAAAUAUGUGAAUUGUGAUGUUGGCGCCAUAAAUCGAUAUGUACCCAGAAACAGUUACGUUCUGAAUUAAUGGCUUUAACCUGUUCAUUGUAAAAAGUGCCUUGGACUUCAAUCUAAAGAGGUCAGUAUAAAUAUAUGUGUGUGUGUGUGUGUGUGUAACAUACGUAGGCAUAUUUAUACGUACAUAGGUGCACACACAUAUACCUGCACAUUCAUAUAUAAUAUAUACAUAUAUAUAAACGCUUCAUAAUAUAUCAUAUUGCUAUUCGCAGCUCCAUUUCUUUUGUCUGGUCCUAUGUUUAUUUGUUUAGUGAGAACUUUACAUAGAGAGGUUCUAUUCAGGACAUCGAUGUAUUUUUUUGUUUGUUUUUUACUUUUUAUUAAAAAGG